GUACGGCCGUGGGGCAGCCCCGGCAGUCGGUGGGUCAGGAGAGGUGCUGACAAGGCGGGGCGGACGCUGGGCUCCUCCGGCUUCACCCCUCCCGCUGGGGACAGGUGGCUGCAGUGCGCCCCGCCUCUGCCAGCUGCGAGUGGGAACCAGGGAGGGCCAGUCCAGGACGGCCACCGCCAGCUGCGAGUCGGGGGACAGCGCGAUCUAGUGCGGGACAGCCGGCCGAAGGGUCCGGCAGCGGCAAGCGAGGAUCCUGGCGGCCAAAAAAAUGCUUCUGUACCGAGGGGCCCCCGCGGGCCCUGGCGCACCGGGCGGCGGACUGGCCCGGGCGGGCAGCGUCCCGCAGGCCUUCGGGAUCCGCCUGAGCACGAUGAGCCCCCGCUACCUCCAGAGCAACUCCAGCAGUCACACGCGACCCUUCAGUGCCAUCGCGGAGCUGUUAGAUAAUGCUGUAGAUCCUGAUGUAUCUGCCAGGACGGUCUUCAUAGAUGUUGAGGAGGUCAAGAAUAAGCCUUGUUUGACCUUUACUGAUGAUGGGUGUGGGAUGACGCCUCACAAACUCCACCGAAUGCUCAGCUUCGGCUUCACAGAUAAAGUAAUAAAGAAGAGCCAGUGUCCCAUCGGGGUCUUUGGUAAUGGUUUCAAGUCGGGUUCCAUGCGGUUAGGAAAAGAUGCUCUUGUCUUCACCAAGAAUGGGUGUACUCUCGCUGUUGGACUUCUGUCACAGACCUACCUGGAGUGUAUUCAGGCCCAGGCAGUUAUUGUACCAAUUGUCCCAUUCAGCCAGCAAAGCAAAAAAAUGAUUGUUACUGAAGAUUCGUUGCCCAGCCUAGAAGCCAUCUUGAACUAUUCAAUUUUCAACAGUGAAAAAGACCUGCUAUCUCAGUUUGAUGCUAUCCCAGGCAAAAAAGGCACCCGUGUUCUCAUUUGGAAUGUCCGGAGAAACAAAGAUGGAAAGUCUGAGCUGGACUUUGACACAGAUCAAUAUGAUAUCCUGGUAUCAGACUUCGAUGGUGAAGGAAAAGAGAUUGGUGGUGUUACCUCCGAGCUGCCAGAAACAGAGUAUUCUUUACGGGCGUUUUGUAGUAUUCUGUAUAUGAAGCCCCGGAUGAAGAUUUUUCUGCGGCAAAAGAAGGUGACUACCCAGAUGAUUGCUAAGAGCCUUGCAGACGUGGAACAUGAUGUAUAUAAGUCUCCCUUCACAAAUAAGCAGGUGAGAAUCACGUUUGGAUUCUCUUGCAAGUAUCACAACCAGUUUGGAGUAAUGAUGUAUCAUAACAACCGCCUUAUUAAGGCCUUUGAGAAGGUGGGCUGCCAAUUAAAGCCAACUUGUGGAGAAGGUGUGGGAGUAAUUGGAGUCAUUGAGUGCAAUUUCCUAAAACCUGCCUACAACAAACAAGACUUUGAGUACACCAAGGAAUACCGGUCCAUAAUAAAUGCUCUUUCCCAGAAACUCAAUGCCUAUUGGAAGGAAAAAACAUCUCAACAGAAUUUUGAGACCAUAUUUACAUGCAGGAAUAUUCCUGACCAGACAUGGGUACAGUGUGAUGAAUGUCUUAAGUGGAGGAAACUUCCUGGAAAGGUGGAUCCAUGCACAUUACCUGCUAGAUGGUUUUGUUACUAUAAUCCCCAUCCAAAAUACAGGAGAUGCUCUGUUCCGGAAGAACAAGAACGCAUUGAUGAAGACUUAUACCUGAGCAAGGCUAAGCAACAAGAGGAAACUGUUGAGAAGAAGCAGCAGCAGACCGUGGGAAGUGACAAGCAGGUCCUCAGUAAUCCACCAAAGAGUCCUACUGCACAAGAUAUGGCUGAACUAAAUGACAAGACAAUUGGAUAUGAGCAAAUCAAUAGCCCUAACCUGCUUCCAUCUGUUGGAGAAGAAUACAAAUCACCUCUUCAACUUAAGUCUCUGGAUUCCAGUGUUUUUCAGUUUUCCAGUAAGUACAAAUUGAUCCUAGGUGAGGAGCCUGUGGAGAAACGAAGGCGAUUCCAAAAUGACAUGACACCAUCUCCUAUAGACUAUUCUAUGUCCAGUCCUUACAGGAGGGUAGACGCAGCUAUUGCCUACCCAGAAGGAGAAAACAGCCAUGAUAAAUCCAGUUCGGAAAGAAGUACACCACCAUACCUCUUACCAGAAUACCCAGAAGCAAACAAGAAUGCAGGACAGAACAGGGAAGCUGCAACACUUUCUCCAGGGUCCCAGGACCAAGACCAGGAAUCCCUGCUUCCUGAAGAAUUAGAAGAUCAGAUGCCAAAAUUGGUAGCAGAAGAAUCUAACAGAAGUAUGGAGAACAUAAACAAAGAAGUGAAUAAAGGGCCUUUUGUAGCUGUAGUCGGUGUUGCAAAGGGACUUACAGAUUCAGGAGCUCCCAUCCAGCUAAUCCCUUUCAACAGGGAGGAGUUUGUAGGGAGAAGAAAGGCAGCUGAAUCAUGGAACCCAAAUCCUUAUUCUUCUGUGGCCUCUGCCACAGCCACUCCAGGCAAAGGAAAGGGCUGCCAGGAGAGUGGAAGUCGUAACAUGCCAAAGAUAAAGAACCAGAAAGAACUGGAAGAACUGAAGAGAACCACGGAAAAACUGGAACGUGUUUUGGCUGAAAGGAAUUUGUUCCAGCAAAAGGUGGAGGAGCUGGAACAGGAGAGGAACCAUUGGCAUUCUGAAUUUAAGAAAGCUCAACAUGAGUUGGUGACCUAUAGUACCCAGGAGACAGAAGGCUUAUACUGGAGCAAGAAGCACAUGGGCUAUCGCCAAGCUGAAAUCCAGAUUCUGAAAGCUGAGCUAGAAAGAACCAAAGAGGAGAAGCAGGAACUAAAAGAGAAACUGAAAGAGACAGAGACACACCUGGAAGUACUACAGCAGGCCCAGGCCUCCUACCGGAACCCAGAGGGAGAUGACCUAGAAAGGGCUUUGGCAAAGCUUACGCGGCUACGUAUCCACGUCAGCUAUCUCCUUACUUCUGUCCUCCCUCACUUGGAGCUUCGUGAGAUCGGGUAUGACUCAGAACAAGUGGAUGGGAUCCUGUACACAGUGCUGGAGGCAAAUCACAUACUGGAUUGAGCACCAGACUAUAUAUCCUCUCCUCGCUUUCUUUUCUGUUUUCUGCUUGUGUUCUGUGCUGUGUCCUCCCCUAUCUUCUCUCUGCUGCUUCCUUCCCUUCUCCCUUCUGAUCCACCCCAGCCUCUUUCUCUUUCACCUGUAUGCCUUAUAUCGAGAAUCCUUGAGUAAGUCCUGAUUCUUAAUCAGUGUGCUUCGCAUUCAGUGUGGGUGUGGAGAAAGAGGCCCUUUAAAUAGCCUUUUAAGAGUCGAGGAAAGCAAUGGUCACCCAGUUAGGUGGCCCAAAAGCUCUAAUUUUCAUGAUCUAGAUACUUGGCCUAUAUCAUGUUCUGAUGGUAGUUCAUAUUCAGGUUAAAUCUGUCAGCAAGUGUUGGGUCCAAUGUACCUGGUAGGGUAAAUGAUGCUUAUAGCCCGGCCAAGGUUCUGACAAUCUAGUUGGAAGCACGAGUGACAGCAAGUUAACUAACUCUACAAAGAAGGGUAUGGUGUGUAUGAGUGGUGUAAACAUGACAUAGAAGAUAAAGGAGAGCAAUUUAAAGGAAGGCAGUAUACCCUAAGUGGGACCUAAAUGAAACUUUAAAGAGUGAACAUGACAACACUCUCAGUGGUGGUUGUUUAAGUGGUAGGAUUAUGGUCGAUAGUUUUUCUUCUUCCUAUCUUCUUGCCCUUUCAAAUUUUCUAUAACAUUCUUGUUAUUCUUCUUACAUUGGAAAAUAAAUUGUUUUGAAAGCUAACAAGUAGGCUUGAAUUUGGAUGUCAAAUGAAACAUUAAUGAAAGUAUAAAAUUAUUUUACAUUUAUAAUUUAUGUUGAGUUUAACAUUGCCUCUGCUGAGACAGUGUAAGCAAAUGUGCAAAAAAUCCAGAAUGUGAAAAAUGUGUUUGGUAAGAGUGACAGGUCAGUGUAAAAGGAACCCACCAACCAACUCACUAAUUCUCCUUGGUGUUUUUAUUUUAAUAACAGAUAUGUGAAAAUAAAUAUAUAAGGAUCAAAGUUUUUAUGUAUCACCACAUUGUUAAAUUUCAGGUAUCGGGGAAAUAUUUUAGAUUAGAAAGAUUUACUUGCCAUCCCUUGCGGUACAAACUCUCUAGGCUAUCAGAGUGAGAGGAAGACCUCAGAGUACAGAAAUAGUACAUCUUAUACUCAUGUAAAUAAGGUGUUUUAUGAAUCCAUUGCUUUAUUAUUUUUAUGUAGAUAUACUUAAAGGUACUCCUGAAACGUCAUUGUACAGUGAAAUAUAUAUAUAUAUAUGUACAUAUAUAUACAUACACACACCUACCUAUGUAUAUGUGUGUCUCAGCAUUGAGAACUAGGAAAUAGAGGAUAGGAAUAAUAAAAGGAAGGGGAAUUCACCAGCAGUAAAAGGAUUCUCUAGUACAGACAAAACAUUUUGGAUAAUUAUUCUGUGUUUCUCAGUAUAUGUACUUCAGACUGUCCCAGGGAUACUAUAGCUCCUUUGUUGGGAGGCCCAUCAUAAAUAGAUAUCCCUGUGGGUCUGGAGAAUGUGGGGAGGCCAUAGCCAGGCUUCACCAUUAGAAUAGUACUUAACCACACCCCUGCUCCUACCACUCUACCUCACCCCUGCUCUAGCAUUAACUUCCGUGUUUGACAUCCGCAUCAGUAUAUCCAAGGCCUUGCUAGUCUAAAUGGGAUUAUUAACAAGGGAAGAAUAGCACAUGGGAUUAUGUUCUCAGUUAUACUUGUUUGUCAGACAGGGACUGGAAGGGGUGAGAUUUUGCAUACAUGAGAAUAACGUAAGUGGGAGCCCAGGAGAGGAGGGAUUUUAGCGAAUGGAAAGUUCAAUCUGUGUAGCUAUUUGUUGGAUGAAUGGGGGAAGGCAGAUAAUGGAGCUCAAAAGGGGAAGAAAGAUUGAAAACUUAACUCAUCUUUACCGGUGCCUCCUGUCUAACUGUUCAUGUCCUGUCAGCCUGUGGUUUUGAACCCACGCUGCUUCUUCCAUUAACACUCACCUGUGUUAGUCUAUCUACUCCAGUAAUGGAGCGACUACUUUGUUACCUAUUUACCCUGACAUCAUACAGAUGCCCCCACAAGAACCCCUGGCUAUGUAUACUUUGUUUCAGCAGCCUUUCAUCAUUGAGACCUCUCUGGCUUGGUUUCCUACUGGAAGCAUGUCAAGCUGUCAACUAACUGCGGAGGCUACACUAGUACUCUGCCCUCUGAAACAUGCUUUCACCUUACCACAGUAAAAGGGUUCUCUAGUUACAGACAAAAUGCCUUGAAAGCUGACCCAUCAUAGAUAAAUAUUCCCAGGAGUCUUGAUUUUGUGUUAAAUCCCACUGUGUAGAGACUGGAGUGUUGCCCAUCCUUACCAGAAGCCAUGAUCUGGUGUGAAAGCAGGCACUUCCAAUAAAGAAAACACAGAUGCCUCCCCCUAGCUUUCCUCUGAGAUUAACAUAAAUCUUGCCAAUGUUUCCCUUUACCACAGUUAGCAUGUAGGUACUUGUCAUCUCAUCCCUUGAUGAUUGAAAUUGAUUCUUAAUUGGCCUCCCUGUCCUCCUAGUCUCAUCACUCAAUACACACUUCUUAAUAUCACCCAGUAGCUCUUAGCAACUUUAUCAGGUCAUGUCUCUGCUCAAAGAUUUGCUAUUGCUCUCUUAUGCCCACAAAAUGUUAUUCAAAUCCCUUAGCAUGAUUCUCAAGCCCUGUGUUGUGUGGGGUACCCUCUGCUGUGCAUUCAUCUUCCAGCAAGCCAAACACAAGCUCUACUCCACUCAUAUGGAACUCCUUUUCAAUUUCUGAAUGCACCUUAAGAUUUUUGGCCUCUGCCUUUGCUAGUCCACUCCUGGAAUGUUCUCCUUAAUCAUCUUUCCUUUGGUUCAAAUGCCAACUUGUUUCUGAAUAUUCCUCUAACCUGGGAAGGCAUGAAAUUUUAAGCCUUGUGUCAUUUGUUAGACUUGUGUCAUAAACUUUCUGAUUCUGCUUUCCCUAUUAGAAAGCUCCAGAUUGAUAUUCAACUGCCUACUUGACAUUUACACUUAUAUAUCUCGCAGACAUUUCAAGUAAAUCAUGCUAAAAAUAAACAGCGACAUACCCCAGGACUUUUCCUCCCCCACAGUUUCUUCAUGUUAGAAAAUGGCACUUCCUCCCACCCAGUUGCUUAAGCUAGAAACCUGGAAGACAUCCUUAAUUCCUUGCCUCGUUCCCUAUAUCCAGUCUGUCUGUUGUUUCUAUUUCCAAAGUAUAACCUUGACUCUAAACUAAACUAAUCUAAACUAACCUUAAUCUAAACUUAAUCUAACUAAAUCUAAACUCCCAUCAUUCCUUUGCUUGGAUCACAAUGGCUAAUGAGACCUUGGAUUUUCUCUUGUGUUCACAAUUGUCUUAGCACUAGAUGUGAUGUGUUUUCUAAAAAAAAUAAAAUACAAACCAAAUCAUGUGACUCUGCUUAAAGGCAAUAACUCUCAUUUCAUUUAGAGUAAAACUGACCCCCGUGACAAUGUCCUACAAGACCCCUGCCUACCUCCUAAUUUGUCUCAGUGAUAUUUAGUCAUUUACUACUUCACAUAACCCUCCACACACAUACACUUGGCUUCUGGCUGAAACAUAUCAAGCUCCCUCUUAAGCUCAGAGCCCUCACCUAGAUUGUGCCUUCUCCUGAGAUGUUCUUCCCCAAUUCUAUCUUACUAGAAUGUUGUGUAUCCAGUCUUGGCAUGGUUCACUCUUCUUGCUUCUAUCUUCCUUGUAGAUAUGCCUUGUGUUUUUUUUCUCUAUUUAUAUUAUAUUAUCUUCCCACAGUUUCCUUGUUUUGUUUCUAGUUCAUAACAAGGUUAUAUACCUACUGAUUUUCAUUCAUUCAACAAAUAUUCAUUGGGCACCUACUAUGUGCUGAGUGAUACCCAGUGGUGAAUAUAACACACAAUGUUCUUAUAAACCUGUUUUAAUAAGUUCAAUAAGGUCAUGCUUGGUUUGCUAACCGCUGUAUCCUACUGCUUAUCAUAGUACCUGGGAUAUAGUAAAUAAGCAAUAAAUGAUUCUUAAUGGUUUAA